CUGAUUUUAUUGAGUAUUUGCUGUACAAGUGUUUACAUCUGGAUUUCUAAGUUCCUAUCUUAUGCGAUACUCACUUUCACGCUAUAAUAUCCGUGUGUUUAUGUCAUAAAAGGGUUACAGUAUAGGUUUUAUGUUUGGUUGAGUCAAUAUUAUUAAUAUCCAUUUUAUAUAAAUAUACAAACCUCAUUUGCGUAUGUACUUAUAUUUGUAGGCUCUUUGUUUCUACUAGUUACUUGAGACUUCUAAUUAUGCAUUAUUUCCACCCAAUUGAUCAAUUCAAUACUUUAUUUCUUUCACAUUCAGCGUUAUUAGGUUAGUGUUUACUUCUUUUGAUGUUUAUCAGUGAGACAUUUCAGUUUUCGUGCCACAAUAAUGGCGGCAGUGGAUUAACCUAUCUACUUAUUUUAACCUUUUUUACCAAUAUUCUUGCGUUUUAUAUGCUUUAUUUUGUAUUUAUUAUUUAUAUAUUCUCGUAGGGCAUGAAAUAAACAGAGUUUCAUCACAUUUUGGACAAUGACCUCGACUGUCACAUUAUCCUAUUUGUAGACUAAAAAUAUUUGAGCGAGAAAAUUACGAUGUGCAUCGCGUGUUAUCGUGUGAACUGUGAAGAUUUUUGGGUAAAGAGUCAAUUUUCGAUUGCAGUCACAUGAAAUAAGGUCGGAGGCCGCAGUGGUCUCCUCGGCGUCAUCUCGGGCUUGACCCAAGAUGAUAAUAUUUACAGCAUGUCAGCUUCUCCAGACUUUGAUCCUGCUGCCCGGCAAGAUUACCGGCCGGCCACCUCCAGUGAAAAUGUGUAUGAACAUGUUAUGGAACAUAAAUUAGCAGAUAAUAUGAGUGUACCAAGCAUUAGAACUCCAGUUUUAAGGGCUCUGCCCCUUUCCCCCACCGAUGGUGACCCUGAACCUGAUUCUACUCACCCUGAAAGUAUUAUCCAGUCUGCUCGCAGUAAUAAUGAUAAAGAAGUAGAGUACCACAUUACUGACAAGAGACGGGACACUGAGAUGUCUGUGGAUGCACUAUCCGGACUUGUAAGGAUUGAGGAAGGUCUUGAUAAUGUUGGACGCAUCGCUUACCCUAUUAUUCAAGAAGGAGAUGACUCUGGUGAUGGCAACUAUGAAAACACAAGUGCCACUCUCAUCCAGGCUCCACUGAACACUGCAAUUGUUCAGAAUGUCGCAAAACUGCCACAGAACUUCACUAUAAAUGUAGAUGCCACUGUAAGCAACAUUACAGCUAUUCAAAAUGUAUCACAAGAUGUGGGCAAUCAAACUCUAUGGCUGCCCACCAUUCUCACUAGCGCUGCACCUACCGACAGCAAAAGUGAAGAAGAGAGAUCACAAUCUGGACUAUCACAGAUCAUUAUAACCAGUGAAAGCUAUGUCAAUGAUACAACUCAAUUGGGAAGACGGACAAACAUAGUAACAGAAACUAACUAUGCAAGCCGACCCAAAUCAUCAAAAGUGCAAAUUUUAAGCAACAUAUCAAUCCCAAAGAACACAAGUUAUUCAUCACAGUAUAUAACCCAGAGCAAGGAGCUCUCCUCACCAGUGUACGGCACACAGAAUCAUGUUUACAAGUUGAGCACUAAUGUGAUGUCACAAAAGCAUUUAAAUAAUUCAGUACUAUGCUCAAAGCCUCCUAAAAGCCAGUCUCUAAUUGGCUGCUCCACAUUGUCACCUGCAGUAAUCAGCAGCCCUAUCAAAAACGUGUCUUACAGUCACACUUUUACCAAAAGCUCGAAUUUGAAAUCUCUGGGCAAAGUGAACAAUGGUGCUAAUUUAAACGCCGUGGUCGCGGCCUCCUCGGGCAACACGCAGUGCCAUAUACUAUCGCGGGUCGUGUCGGGCCCUAACAAGAUGUCAGUUCACUCGGGCAGAAAAUCUGUAAAUACUUUGAAACAGGCGAAAAGUUCUGGACAGCUCUCGGGACAGAAGAAUCAAUCGAGAGCAAUCAAGAUAAUACAGCAGGCAGGCACCGCACAUAAAUCAGAGACAAAGGCUUGGCCUGUCGCCAGUGUGGCUACAUAUAAGAACCAGCAGCCGAUUUAUGGUGUAGUGGACUCAAACACUUCCAAGAUCAUCCAAAAAGUGGGUAGUCCGACACAUAAAAGUCAUCAUCAGAUUCAAAAGCUGCCUUCUAAAGGAGAGAGGUUGGUUCUCCAAUCGCCGUGCGGGCCUGUGCUUAUAUCGACGGCGCCUAUAAGCACGAGUAUGCCGCGCGGACCCCAUUACGUGCAGUCGGGUGCCACGCCCAACUUGAGAUACGUACAGACAUAUACUCCGACAGACAAUCAGCUCUCUACCGUGUCUCAAGUGUCCGCCAACCAGCAGCUGACCGCACAGAUACUGCAAUCCCUAGCGCAGCCUAAGCUGAUGCUGCAUCCCAGUGCAAGUUCACCGCUGAUACCGCCUCCUCAACCCGCGGAGGAACCUAUGGAGCCGAAGCUGAUAAAUCAAAGGAGGAUCGUGUUCGGCGACAAGUCGACGCGCCUAACGGCCGACGACAUAAUCGGCAGCGAGGAGCGGCCGAACCUAUCGGAGGAGCUGCAGCGGUACACGUUCCACGAGCUGGCGCUCGUGAUGCUGGACCACACGUACGCCGCGCCCGUGCUCAAGCAGCCCGCGCCCGCGCCGCCGCCCGCGCCCGCGCCGGUCCCGCUGUACGCGCCGCCGCCGCUCCCGCUCCCGCUGCCGCCUGCGGUCGUGUCGCCGCCGCCGGCGCCGGCGCCCACGCCCCCGAGCCCGCUCAAGCGGCACGAGCCCGUCAUCAUGGCCACCGCGCCCUACGAGCCGCCGGCGCCACCCGCGGCGCCCGUCCCCGUCGCUCCGCCGAUGCCGCUGAGCGCUCUGACGUACAAGCCCCCGCCGCUCCACGACGACGACGCCGCCUCCGUCAUCUCCUCCCUGGACGGCGAGCGCCGCCCGCCCGCCGGCGGCAGCGACACCGAGACCGCCCCCGAGGGCGAGGAGGAGGGCAAGACUCGCUGCGUGUGCGACUUCACGCACGACGACGGCUACAUGAUCUGCUGCGACCGCUGCGGCGAGUGGCAGCACGUCGACUGCAUGGGCAUCGACCGCAACGACAUCCCCGACGCCUACAUGUGCGAGCUGUGCCAGCCUCGCGCCGUGGACCGCCGGCACGCGAGGGCGAUUCAGCUCCGCAAGCGGGAGGAACUCAGCGCGCUCGGCGCCUCCGAUACCGACUCUUCGGAGAGUACCAGGCUUCCUGGAGCGCGACGCAAGCGGCUCCUGACCGUCACCACCUACACUGACACUAGCGGGUCUUGUGUGACCACUUAUAAUUCGGCCACCCCGACCGUACCGACUCUACCGCCGCUGCCCCCGAUGCCGCAGCCGACCCUCACUUUGCCCAAACGCGGCCCCAAGCGCCCCAAGAAGGCCGAAGUUGUCAGAAAAGGCACCAAGAGAAAACUCACAGAAAAGAGGGUGAAGCGCAAGAAAGAGAUGAUGAUGAACCGAAACAAGUACGGCUCGAGCGUAUCCAGCCAAUCGCACUGGGGCGAAUCAUUCGAGCAGGCGAUGACGAACCAUUACAGCCCUGAACUGAGGGCCAAAAUAAUGAAAUAUAGCAGUAAAUUAGGCAAUACGCCAAACAUGUCUUCUGCUAUCACGGCGCAUUUGUGUACUACUGUGCCACACGCCGGUGGCAAAAUCCUUAUUGCCACUAAGGACUUAAAAGAAAAUACUCCAGUUAUUGAACUCAGAGGGAAGUAUAUGCUGUCGAAUCAGCACAGGCCGCAGCUGCAGAACUCUGCGCGGGCGGGCAGCCAGAAACCUGGGCCUUUCGUAUUCUUCUACAGACUGCCGAAAGAUAACAUUCAGAUCUGUAUUGAUACGAGAACUUAUGGCAACGAGGCCCGGUUCGUGAGGAGAUCUUGCAAACCCAACGCCGAACUCCAGCACUGCAUAAUCAAAGGGGCGCUACACGUCUACUUAUACACUAUUGGGACGAUACCCUCGAAUACUGAAAUAACAGUCGGACACGACACUAACGGCAGCAAACAGCCAUGCGCCUGCGGCAACCCCAAACACUGCAAGGUCAACGGUUUAAAUUCCUCUCUACUUUCGAGGAAAAGCAUUGAUUAUCCUCCAAGAGAAAAGAGAAGCAGGAACCGGUGUUCCAGCUCAUCAUCCCCUGCGUCACCGCCGCUGGCACCUGUCCUAGCUUCCCCGGCUAAAGAAUACCCGUGUCCGGUAACACCCAUCAAGGUGGAGAAGAAAUCACCCUGUCAAAUACGAAUACUCUCCCAUGUCUCCAGUAAAAAGUGCCAUAAUGGCUCUCAACUUCGACCAACCAGUGAAAACUGAGACCCCAGAAGACAUAAAACCUGAAAUGGAUUUAACUGCCAAAGAGGAAAUGAAACCAGAAAUAGAUGAGCCGGAUUAUGUGAAAAUGGAGGUUGAGGAGAAACCGGCAGAACCUGUUAUCCCUGAACCGGAGCC